CCAUACCACUCUAAACAUAUUCACGUGAUAACAUUUCACGUUACAAGCACUUACAAGUGAAUUUGGGUCUGUUCCUCUAUGAAGCGAUUUUUUUAUGUAAUCGUGGAGAGGCUAUUUGUUUUCAAUAAAAAAUAAUUUUUUUUGAGGAUAUUCUUAAACAUAAUUUAAUUCACAAAAAUGGGUGAUGAAGUUAAUCCAAAAGCAUAUCCCUUAGCAGAUGCUACUUUAACUGCAAAAAUUUUGAAUCUAGUACAGCAAGCAAUGAAUUACAAGCAACUAAGGAAGGGAGCUAACGAAGCGACAAAAACAUUGAAUCGUGGUUUAUCAGAAUUUAUUGUAAUGGCUGCAGACGCACAGCCUUUAGAAAUUUUGUUACAUUUACCACUGUUGUGCGAAGAUAAAAAUGUUCCAUAUGUGUUUGUAAGAAGCAAACAAGCUUUAGGUCGUGCUUGUGGUGUAUCCAGAUCUGUUGUUGCUUGUUCUGUUACAGUCAACGAAGGAUCACAAUUAAAACCACAAAUUCAAGCUAUACAACAAGAAAUUGAACGUCUUUUAGUCUAAGUAUUUUGUACCUGAUUUAAAAUCUUAUUUUUAAAUUUGUAUUCCAUUCAUUCAUUUAUAUUUUUGACAUAAAAUUUUUCAGAAAUUGAAUGUUAUGUUCUUUUUUUAUACAAAAUAUGUAUGUCUUAAUUGCACUAAUAAAAAAUUAAAUAAAAUUUAAAAAUAUUGUUUUAUUUAUAUUAAAUAUUUAAAGAUUUCUGCAGUAAUUACUAAAUUCUUACAGUUUAUAAUUAUUGUUUUUCGUGAGAUGUGGUGAAACAAGUUAUUUUUUAAAAUACCACUUAAAGUUAAAAGAUAAAAACAACAUAUUUUUAUUAUUGCUGGAAUACACAAUAAACAAGACUAAAUAUUUUGUACUUAUUUAAAUAAAUAAUUUAAAUUUACACAAUUUACAUACAUAAACUAUAAGAUUCUAAACAGUCAUAUUAUAUACAAGAAAAAAAAUAUUUUGACUUUCUAAAUACUGUUGCGUACAUAAAUAUAUUAAACUUAUAAAUUCAUUGCAAAUUAAGAAAAAAUUAUGAAAGAUAUAAAUAGCGUUCAUGAGGUAGAAUAAAAUAACUUAACAAAUUGUAUGCAGUUGACAAUUGACUAUAGAGAAGGCCGUAAUAAUGAGUUGUGUCUAUUUUUUGAUUUUUAAUUUGUCUUAUUUGAUCUACUAUUACUGUUUUAAGAUUUUUGGUAUAAGUCUAUUCAAUUAAUUCUGCAAUAAUAUAUAUCUUAUUGAGUUCUUCUAAAGACUUCUCAAGAUGUUUUUCAAUAAGACAUACACUGCCAGAGAAAAGUUUUUGAGGACUACUUAGUUUUUUAAAUAAUUCUCUUGAUACACGGGAUUAUUGUAAAACUGUUGUUAUACAACAUGUUAUUUACUAAUGUAUAUUGUUCUAGAUUUUAUAAUUUUGUAUGAUACUUUAAACCAAUUGAAUCUGAAUUGAUGUUAUAAAUAUUGAAGAAUUGUUACAAAUAUUGAACUGGUCGAAAACUUUUCACUGACAGUGUAUAUUAAUGCUAGAAUGUGCACUGUAUAUUAUUUUAUAUCUACUUAAUAAAUUUUGAACUUGAAACCACCUA